CAGCACAUGAUUCAUCGUAACCGACAGAAUUGUUCAAUAAUUGACCUCAUGCACAGAUAUGUACACCACUGAAGGCAUAAACACACGCACACGUGAGUGUCAGUGUGUGGCGGUGUGGGUAUAUGUGCCUGCGCCUGUGCGCGAUGGAUCAGCAUUCGUACAUGCGCUUCCAUCGUAUGCAAACAAGCAAACACGCCCACACACACACACACACACACACACACAGCGAAGAUGGAAAACAGUCGACACUAUUAGGGUGCAAUCGUCAAACAGUCCAGCAAACGCACAAGUAGCACACGUAGAGAAAGCCGUUCGCACGUAUCAGAAAAGCACACGAAUGUCCCCUGAGGUUGACGUCUACAGCGAUGCGUCUUGUAUCAGACAGCCUGGAAAAGCAUACAAACACGCGCAGGAGAUCAAUCAGGUCAUCGUGAGACCACCCAUUGGCACCCAUUCAUCAACUCAUUUACCUGUGUCUGCGGCGGCUGUGGCCUGCGGAACUUUUGCACCGCAGCGCUGACUCCGUCAAGAGCAAGUCCGACUCCCGAAACACCAGCUACGACGCCGAAGAUGCAGAGAGAGAUUGCAGCACUGUACAUGACAGACGUCCUCACUGGGUCGUCCUGCUCCUUGAGCUGUCCUCUGAUGAUACCUGAGUGAUGGAAAGUCACUUGUAUUCAGGAGAGUUGACUCACUCACCCCUUCAAUCGCCCCGCCUGUCGGCUUCUCUCCCCAGUGAGUCCCAGCCUUCCUGUUUUACCAACGGGAUAUUUGAGCGUCAGUCUGGCGCUGUCAGGCACCUCGUCGAACCUCCGGUAACACCUCCGAGGCCACUCGACUCCUUGUCCCAGUGCCGCCCGAUAGUCCCACCGAGCAACCGCUCCCUUCUCGCACGCCGCAGGCUUCUUGGACAGCAGCAGUAGAACCUCGUACUGACGCGACGAUGUAACGACAUCCCCGUCCACCCACGCGACCUUCAAACGUCCAGCCAUGUCGAGGGAUUUUUCAGGGAGGACGCCUCGCGAGCUUUGGCGGCGCGAAAUGCAUGCGUUCGUUCGUUCGUUCGUUCGUUUGUUAACGGGCACCUAGGCCCCGGCCCCUGAGGGCAGAUGGUGUGUCCAAUCAAUGCGUCCGUACGUCUAACGUGGCCAGCGCUCAGAUGAAAAAUCGGCCACUGCUCGUUCUUGAAAAAGAAAGCAAGACACGUCGCCAGCCAACAGCACAGAACAUCCAGACAGGAACAGCCAGACAGCAGAGGAAAGAGAGGCCAGAAGGGCAACAAAGCAGUCCAGCCUCAGGCGCAGAACGUGCAGGCAAGUAAAGAUGCUCUGUCGAUGAGAUGCUGUCGAUGAGAUGAUGUGUGUGUCCCCC